AUGCAUCCUUCACUCUUCCUGGCCGCCCUUUGCCUGGGAAUAGCUUCAGCUGCUCCACAAGUCGAUCCAAAUUUAGAUGCACAAUGGUUCCAGUGGAAAGCGGCACAUGGGAAAAUAUAUAAUGUGGAUGAAGAAGGAUGGAGGAGAGCAGUGUGGGAGACGAAUCUGAAGAUGAUUGAACAGCACAAUCGGGAAUACAAUCAAGGGAAACACAGCUUCACAAUGGCAAUGAAUGGCUUCGGUGACAUGACCAAUGAAGAAUUCAGACACAUGAUGAAUGGCCUUAAAAUCGAGAAGGAUGAGAAAGGGAAAAUGUUUAAAAUACCUUUCUUUGCUGAUAUCUAUGUACCUGUGGACAGGAGACAGACACCUGCUAUAAGUCCUACUGAGACCUUUAUAAUUUGUUUCCAGGGUCGGUGUGCUUCUGGCUGGGCUUUUAGUGCAACUGGUGCCCUUGAAGGACAGAUGUUCCGGAAAACUGGCAAACGUGUUUCCUUGAGUGUGCAGAACCUCCUGGACUGCUCUUGGCCUCAAGGCAAUGAAGGCUGCAAUGGUGGUCUAAUGAGCAAUGCCUUCCAGUAUGUUAAGAACAAUGGAGGCCUGGACACAGAGGAAUCCUAUCCAUAUGUUGCAAGAGAUGGACCCUGCAAAUACAGGCCUGAGCAUUCUGCUGCCAAUGUCACCGCCUUCGAGAACAUCCCUCAGCAGGAGGAGGCCCUUAUGAUGGCAGUGGCAAAUAUGGGGCCCAUCUCGGCUGCUAUAGAUGCUAGCCUGGAUACCUUCCGCUUCUAUAAAGAAGGCAUUUAUUAUGAUCCAAAGUGCAGCAGUGAAGACCUGAAUCACGGUGUUCUGGUGGUUGGCUAUGGCUUUCAAGGAAAAGAAUCCGAUAACCAAAAAUAUUGGUUUGUCAAGAACAGCUGGGGCGCUGACUGGGGCAUGGACGGCUACAUAAAAAUGGCCAAAGACCGGGACAACCACUGUGGAAUCGCCACCAUGGCUAGCUUUCCUAUCGUGUAA